AUGUCGCUCAAAGUGCCGCGCGCUGGAGGGCCCAACCUCUUCAAGGAAGGCUACAAGCAUUUUCAAGGUAUCGAGGAGGCCGUUCUUCGAAACAUUCAGGCUGUCAAUGAACUUUCGGAAAUCGUUCGAACUUCUUUUGGUCCCAAUGGUCGUAACAAGAUGGUCAUCAAUCAUCUCGAAAGGCUUUUCGUCACUUCGGAUGCAGCUACUAUCAUUCGGGAGCUCGACGUCGUUCAUCCAGCAGCUAAGUUGCUUGUCAUGGCAAGUCAGCAGCAGGAGGCUGAGAUGGGUGACUCGACUAACCUCGUCCUUAUCUUUGCUGGAGAACUGUUGAAAAAGGCAGAAUAUCUUAUCACCAUGGGUCUUCAUCCUUCCGAGAUUAUUCAGGGUUACGAGAUCGCUCGUGAUAGGUGCCUUGCCGAGUUGGAAGAGCUUUCCGUUGCAACACUCUCGACACCUCCCACUAUGGAAAGCCUUGCUCUUGCACUCAAGCCCUGCCUUGCAUCGAAGCAGUACGGAAAUGAAGAGCUUUUGGCACCUUUGGUCGCAGAAGCAGUCUCCAUGGUUCUUCCUCAGAACGCUAAGAACGGUCUUGCCGAUUUCAGCGUCGACAAUGUCCGUGUAGUUAAGAUCAUGGGUGGUAGUUUGUCACAGUCAAAGGUCGUUCGCGGAAUGGUCUUUGGUCGUGAACCGGAAGGUGUCGUCAAGAAAGCUAAAGCCGCCAAAGUCGGUGUCUACACUUGUGGUAUGGAUAUCUCUCAGACCGAAACCAAGGGUACUGUUCUUCUCAAGAACGCAGACCAACUUUCCAACUUCUCCCGUGGUGAAGAACAGCAGCUCGAAAAGUAUUUCAAAGAAAUCGCCGACUCCGGUGUCAAGGUCGUCGUCACACAGUCUCAAGUCGGUGAACUUGCACAACACUAUCUCAACCGAUUCGGCAUUCUGGUCAUCAAGAUUCUUUCCAAAUUCGAACUCAGAAGAUUGUGUCGUCUGCUCGGUGCUACACCUUUGGCGAGAUUAGGUGCACCAUUGCCUGAAGAGGCUGGCUGGAUCGAUUCUAUCGAAACUACCGAAAUCGGAGGUGAUCGUGUUACUGUCUUCACUCAAGAACAUGGUCAACCUGGUGGCAAAGCUAAACCCAAGAUGUGCACUAUUGUUCUUCGUGGUGCGACAGCUAACCUUCUCGACGAUGUCGAGAGAGCGAUCGAUGAUGGUGUUAAUGUUAUCAAGUCUCUCACUCGCGAUGCACGUCUUGUACCUGGUGCAGGUGCUACUGAGAUUGAACUUGCUAAACGUAUCACUCAUUUGGGAGAAAAAACUUCGGGUCUCAAUCAACAUUCGAUUAAGAAAUUUGCAGAAGCUCUUGAAGUUGUUCCUCGUACAUUGGCAGAAAAUGCAGGAUUCGAUUCGACAGAAAUCGUUUCAAGGUUGUAUGCUAAGCAUGUGGAUGUUAUGGCAGUAGAUGUUGGUGUUGAUAUUGAAAAUCACGUCGAUGGAACUAUGUCGACGAUUCAGAAGCAGGUCUUGGAUGUCUUGGCUGCCAAAUCUUGGGCCUUACGAUACGCUACCAGUGCCGCAAUUUCGGUUUUGAGUGUCGACUCGAUCAUCAUGUGCAAACCUGCAGGCAUUAAGGCACCAAAGACCAAUCCUAACUGGGAUGACGACUAG